CCCCAUCUCAUGGAGCGUCGGUCUCCUCUGUUUCCCUCCUUCUUCCUGCCUUGACCUUUGAACUUCACUUUCCUGUCUGUACAUCUUCACCAGCAUGGCUGGUUUCCUUCGCAAAAAGUCCAAGCCAGAGCAGGUCAAGCCCUCGCCUGUUUCCGCCAACAAUGGCGCCUCCACGACUUCUGGGUCCUCUGCGCCUCUCUUCGCUCGUUUCGCAUCAAACCAGGCGCAGCCCCCAGCCCCCGCACCGAAGAUCGUGUCCGGCCCCAUGCUUCUGCAAAGUAAUAGCCGACGCGACCCCACGCCGAGGUCAGCGCCGCGCUCGCAGGAGGCCGACGCCUACCCGACCCGCAGAGCACCAUACGCGGAGCCCCAGCCUAGGCAGACGACCGCGAACCGUCCAUCGGACCCAGAUGCGCGCGGGACGCGUCAGGCAGGACGGAUGCCGUCGAACCCUUCUGCUCGGGAAAUGGCCCCGCAGAGUAAUGGGCGAGGGCCCGCGCCCCAGGCGCGCCGCACAUCGCACUACGAGGUCGACAAGCCGCUCCCCCCUCCCGCGCCCGAGAUGCCCUCCUCACCGCCCGUCAGUCGUCAAGCAUCGGCGCCACAGUACCCGACGUCAGAUCCCGCGCGACGGAGACAGAUGAACGGACAUGGAUCGGCGCCCCCCUCAGCCCGCCCGCAGCGAUCAGACGGCAGCGAUGUGCCCAGGCGCGAGAUGAAUAACGGCAACGGUCGCGCGCCAGAACCCGUCGUCCGCCGCGCGAGCCGGCAGCUCCCUUCCCCUCCCACACAGCAAUCCCCGACAUCGUCCAGGCAGCAACAUGCCCCCGUUGCACCCUCCGCAUACUACCAGUCGCGUGCCCCACAGCAGCGUACACCCUCCACGUCUUCCUCUGGUCACGGUGUAUACGGGUCGCGUAAUGCGAACGGUUCGCGCGAUUCCUUCAUGUCGCAAGGCUUCUAUGGAGGUGACGAUUCGGCUAAUUCUCCUUACAUGCUCGGUAGUCGGGAUCCUGGCAGGCAUCCUUCCUUGAGUUCCCAAUCCCUUGUCUCGCAAGAAGAGACGCGCCGGCAGGCAGCUGAACCGCCUGCGAACAUGAUUGCCCCACCCAUGCCCCAGAGCAACGUCCCUCGCAUAUUCCAAGCGACUGGCAUGAACGGCCCGCCUGCACUUGCUCCAGUACAGCGAGGGAAACCUCGGAUCUUCGCUGCCACCGAGGAGCAAAAACCCACACCGCCCGUUGACAUGGCAGCCAAAUCCUACCCCUCCCCUCCCGCCGAGUAUUCACCUCCACCGCCCAAGCGCAUGUCGGUCCACUUGCCGCCUCCGCCUACGACUUUGCCCGUCAGUAACGGCCUUCCGAGGAGUCAAAGUCCCACCAAAUCUAUUGCAGCUAGCAUCAAGGACCAUAAGGAUCCGCGCGUAAUUCCCGGAAGGGAAGGAUCUGGCGCCGACGCCCCGUCUACCCGACGCGCUCCCUCAGACGCGGCUCGCACAAGCCCCGAGACGCACCACAAGCUUAAGCACAAGCCCAAGAGACCACCGACGGUAGCCGCCUCGCCCGCUAUGCCGGUCGGCGAGAUCCCGGACGCGGAUAUAGGUCUGUUGGACGACGAUCCGUUCGCCCGCGUCGAGGGCGUGCAGCUCAUGCGCUCGCCGUCGCGCGCGUCGAAUGCGAGCAAGGUGCCCGGGAUGCAGGAUAUGGAUGCGAUUCCAUCGUUGCCGCCGUCUAGGGAUGGUCCGCCGCCUACGGGGCCGAUGCUCAGGCCGAAGAAAUCGAAGGAGAGCUUUAGGAAGCCAAGGUCGAGGGAGGGGUUGUCGAUGCACGAGGCGAACGGGAAGCCGUCUUCGAGAGAUGGGAAACCGUCAUCGCGAGAUGGCAAGCCGCCUUCAAGAGGGGGCUCGCGAGGAAUGGUGUCGCCGCCGCCGUCGAGGGAAGGACCGCAUGGACAUAGGAUGUCUACGGCGGAGUCGGAGGAUAACUUUGAGGAUGCCGCCACAUCCUUUGAGCCGCCUUCGGUGGCCCCAAUCGCGGAGGAGCCAACAACGCCAAUGAUACCUGACGAGGACUUACCGCCUGUGACGCCGCCGAAGCCCCGUCGGGUACAGCAGCCACUGUCGCCCGUAUCUCCUGAGGACUACAAAGCUGCGCGCACUGGCCGGCGUGGGGCAGGUCUCGAGCGGCGGCCACCAUCCUUCAUUGGCGAAGUCGAGGUUAAGGAGACGCGCAUCCCGGGGCCGUUCCCAUUGCACCGCUUCCUGACCUCCGACCCCGCACUUCUUGGCGCCUUCCUCCAAUAUCAAACCUUCUUCGAAUGGUGCACGCUCUCUCGCAUCAGCAAAGCGACCAUGUCCACGAUCGCGCGCUCCCGCCCGCUUCGCGAGGAGAUCCUCGAGCGCUACCUGCACACCGUCGGCUAUAGGCGCUGGGCCUGGGGUGACGCCGACCCGCUCUCGCUCUCCCUGCGCGACCUGAACGACUACAUGCGCGGUGUGACGCUCCCGACGUACGAGUACGCAAGACACGCGGAGGCGUUCAAUCAGCAGCUGAAGGUACCGGCGGAGGAGCGUGAUCUUGUGCUGGCGGAGACUAUUGCGGCCCUGAGGGCGGCGACGAGGGCGUAUAAUCGUGUGGUGUUGAGGCUGCGUGCGCAGGCUGAGCGUCAGGCCCGCGAGCCGCUGCCACAGAGUCGCGCGCCGUCGCCCUCGGCGAUGUCCCAUGGGCACUCGACGAUGUCGCAUGCGUCCAGUCGGGGCUCGCCUGUGCGAGGCUCUUCUGGCUUCCGCUCCCCGUUGUUCACGCUGCGCCGGGCGCCGCUAUUGCGCGUGUUCGUGCCGUCUCCUGAAGGCGACUGGUUGUCGGAUGCGAGCAUAUUGGAGUGCGAGGCUGAGCUGAGGCGUGCAGGGGCGAUGCAGCAUAUGCGGUUGGGCGACGUGGCAUGGGAUAUUGCAGUAGGGGACGAGGGGAAUGCCGGUAGACUGAUUUGGGAUGGGAGUUAUCUCAUUGACCUUGACUACACCUACUCACCGGUGGGCGACACCCCGCGGUACAUUCCCUCGUUGGCCUUCCCGCCCUCCUACUUCCACCGCGUCAUCCGCACGGGCUCCUCCUCCCAGAACCCAAUCGUCCGCCUCAACAUCAUGCCCUGGGGCGAAGAGAUUGCCGCGAACCUUCAGCUCCUCCAGGACCGCGCGCGCACCGAAACGCCGCAGGGCUCCUACCACAACGUAGUGCGCUGGGUGCACCGCUCGUCCUUCAUUUUGCGCCCGCGAAGGAGCGCGGGGAGCAGCAGCGUUGGACAUGGUUCGAGUAGCUCACGUCCGCCCAGCUCAAGGAUCCCGAUCUAUGGGCAUGAAGGGCUGUUCGUGGACCCGACGUGGUACGGGACGAUUGUUGUGGAGACGGAGGGGACGAAUGAGGCGUUGGCGGAUUUGCAGGAGCGGUGUGGUCCUGGGGCGUUCCCGCCGCGGGCCGGCCCGCCCGUCAAGCGCGAGGUGGACAAUCGGGAGGUCUUUAGAAUCAUGCGGGAGCGCAGCCGUCCCGGUGAGAUUUGGCUGCGGACUGUCAGCACGAAGGAGCGUAUCAUAUGAAGGGGAGCAAUUUGGACUCGUCUGUCGGUGAAGAGAAACUGAAGUCCCCCGUUAUCGCUAUCGUCCCGCUUUCGCUUUCGUUCGAUUGGGCACACUGAAGCAUAGAACAAUAAGUAUUGUAACAUUAUUUUAGACAAGCCGAACGCUGGGUAAUCGUUCCUUGGGCUUUCCUGUGUAGGGGAUACUCUAUGUAGCAACCAAUGGUAUAAUUUAUACCUUACUUUGAGC